AUGUUGAAGUUUGGGCAUAGUUGUGUGAUGCCAGUCUUCAGUUAUAAAUUGGGUAAUGAGGAAAUAAAAGUGAAGAGUGAAGAGAAAGACCUUGGAAUUACUGUCAUUGAUAAGUUGUCCUCAGAGGUACAUUAUGGCUGGGCAAGGUCACCUAAUAUUGAGACAGUAGCUCCUCGUUGGUCACUGCCAGGUUCUGUUUUGGAUCUUCACGGCAAUUUCCACACCAGCAAACACUACAAGCUUGACUACACUAAUCCUGUCUCCAGUGAAGCUAAGAGUGGGAGUGUUCUUACCAAUGACCAAGACAGGAAUGUAUGUGGACUCCCAGGACAGAUUGUACCAGUUCCAUACAUAUGCUGGUAUGCACAAUGUGAGUCCUCUCAGGGCGGCACGCUGUUCACUAUUGAUGGUGUUGGCUUUGACCCAUACAAGGAGCAGACCAAGGUGUUGGUGGGGGGUGCUCAGUGUGCCAUCCAGGACAUCACUGAUGAGCAAAUCCGGUGGCUCACUCCAACCCAAGGGAAGGCCUCGGCCGGCUCAGGUGAGCGCAGGUUACUUGUUGAGCUGUACCAAGGGGAAUACUUUGAGUCCAACUUCCUGGAGGAGACAAGCUGGGCAGCCCUGUCUCCCUCCCAUGCUGGUUACAAGGCUUUUGUCCCUCAAGAUGCUGAGCUCAAGUUUCCCAUUGAGGUGACCCGGGAUACUGUGGGCACUCUGAAAGGGUACCUACAUCCACCACAUGAUGGGACCUACUCUCUAUCAGUUCAGGUUGGUGAGCGGAUGCUUGUGAUGCUGGCAGCCAAUGGAGAUUCAGACAGCGAAUUUGAAGUUAUGCAGUGGCAAGAAUUUGAACUUAAGAAGGGAACACCUGCUUAUUUAGAGAUACGGUUCCAGACUAGAGCUACAACAGACUUUACUCUUGCUAUGAAGGACUUCCACACAAAGUUCACCAGGAGAAGCACCCCUCGGGCCGUUAACGAGAGGCAGCGAGUGACCCUGGACAUCAUACAGAGGUGGGAGGUGCAGCACAUUGAAAUACGAGGCACGUCUCCUGUCACUGGUGUGCUCUACCUGGACAGGAUGACGUCGCCUGUCAUUGAUAUUGCUGACCUUGCACAGGUUCGAGAGCAGCUGCUGGACAUGACAGAGCAGAAAUGCCACGUGUACCUCAGUGGGAUCCAGACCAUGCACUACAGAACAUUUGAAGACAAGAUAGGACUUCCAGGAAUGCUUGGCACUGUAGUAGGGGAUGUGGAACCCUUCUGUGGGAGGAAAGUCUUCAGGUUGUCAAGAAAUUAGCCAAGAAUCUUCAGGGAGGCUGCAUCAAACAGUAUGAUCAACGCUAACACCUUACUUACAGGUUUGCUUUGCUGUGAGGGGCAACAUGCAGGGCUCCAUGUCAGUCCAGUACCUGGUGAGGGACAAGGAGGGCAAUGAGGAGGAGGAGACUGUGCUACUGGAGCGUUCUUUUCCAGCCAACCGAUGAUGGUUACACCUC